GUUUUACAGGAGCAUCUCGUUACUAGGCACACUACCUAGCUCAAGAUCGCCUGCUCAUAAUGCUUGCGGUAAAAAGAUGAACUGGCGCACAAGAAGUUGGGACAAAACGGCCACGAGCAAGAUGACUCCGCCUCAGCGUCAGGCGUUGUUGACAUCAAAAAUGUCAAGACCAUGUGCUCCUGUCGGCCGGCAACAUCGCUUCGGCUUCCAAGUAGAAGCAACAAGUAAAUGUGCUUCAGCUUCGGUCGUUGUGUUUGUGUUUCUCCUUUGGCAGCUGGUUUUGCCUAUCUCCACUUUCCUGCCAGGCGUUGUACUGAUCCACGAAAAUACCUGGUUCCAUACGGGCGCAGCUGCAGCCACGGCCCGACGACACCAGCACUAUCAACCAGAAAAGUGUGUAGCUUCAAGGGGUUGUGUAUUUUUUGCGGACUUGAGGUGCAUGCUAAAUGUCAAUGUUGCAGGGAAACGCAAACAGGUUUGUAUGUAGUGAGGUCACCGAACGGUUCUAACCGGGGAGUUUUUUUGCCAUAAUAUACCCUGAAAAACGGCCGUCAGUUUUCAAGCGGGCGGAAGUGUUUUUUGACAGAAAAAAUUUUCAAUUAUGAAGCGGCCGGGGCUUUGAUAUCAAACAAGCCCGGUCGAAAACUAUCGAUUCGCACUUGAUAAAACGACGCAGGGGAGCCGGCAAAAGGGGCGCCCUUCUGAGGCGCCCACCGCCUUAGUUUCUGGCGAUUUGGGGCUCCCAAAAAGGGGCGCGCAAAAAACGCGCCCAAAAUCAGAACAGCGAAACAGCAUAGCACGGCCGCGAUUUCGGAGCAUUUUGGGCGGCCGCGAAAGCGGCCGCCUUUUCGCCGGUUGCAGUGCCUGGGAAGCUUUGCAAAAAGCGCCGGCGUGAAAAAUAAAAACGCGAAAAAGAAAAAGCGGCCCACACGCGCAAAGCCAAUCCGCAUGCUAUGGGCCCGGUUUUUCUUCGCUUUUUGGGCGCCCCCCGUGGCACCCGGAUCGGCCCCAUAGCAUCGGGGCUGGCUUUCGGAAAGGAAUUUUGGAAAUGUGCCAAAAUUUGCGACGUUUCCCAAGUGGCCGCCAUACCGUGCGGCAUAACGUUACUCGCGGUGGUAUGGCGAGCCCAUAAAAAGCAAAGCCGCGGCCAAGGCUGCGGCCGGCAAAAAAACGUCCACGACCUCACUACCCGCCCCGCCCCGGCGGCUAUAUUUGGUAUUGCAUACCAUGCGUGGACGCACUAGCACUACGCCUACGCAUGAGGCCACGUAUACAAUCCCCGAAAACUACAACCACUGAGGCUCACACUGUUCUUCAGCUUGAAGAUAAGCAUCAGCAGAAAAUCAGAAGGCGGAGCGAUGAGGAAGGCGGGGCUAUGCAAUGCAAAUUUACGAGCUUUUUAGUACCUCCCUACUAGUACAAUACCGGACACACAACUAUGCACUACAACCUGAGAGGACGUGCGCAGAAGCAGACCACAAGUUGCUGUUCUGAAUCACGUUUCUGUUUCACUUUCAGUUGUACCAAGUUUAUUGUCAUGCAAGAAUGCCAACAAAAGUUUUGGUACGUGAUGGCCGGUAAGAAAAAAUGUAUAUUUGCAGUGGAUAUUGCGGGUGAUCGCGAACAAGCAGCACGAUUACUUGUGGGAAGCCACCGGUUGUUGCUGCAUCGAGGGCAAUGGCAGAAGGCACUGCCUGCUACCGCAAAACAGCAACGACACGAGCUGCAAACUACCGGAUAAUAUUUCCCAGGAGGCCGCGAAGGCUAUUGAUCCCCAGCUGCUCUUGCAAAACGACAUCUGCGCCGCCAUUUAUGCGAAGUACCAGGACACGCCGGACGGGAAGGACAUCGUCGUCCGCCUGAACAAACCCGAUUCGUGCUGUUAUCAAAAGGAAAAAUCCCCUUUCCCCAUAUCAAAACGAAGUUUCUGAUGCUGGAUUUCGAUUCGGAUUUGCGUACACAAAUCAGAUAUUUGUCUUGCUGUAGAGGACUGCAGACCCAUAUCAAGCUUGAGUAGAGAGGCUCGGGCCUAGGCGCUUAGCAUGAAAAACGUCCGCGCUGUAGACCCAACAGCAUGUUGACAAACCGCCUGCAUAAUGCCAAUGCGUCGGAGCCACCUGUGGAGUUGCCUUCUUCCAAGACAGGCACGAUUUAUUGUGGUCACAAAUCAGCAACACAAAUCUUCGAAAACGUGCUUGUUUGGCAAUAAUAUGGGGAGGGGGGAUGUUUCCUUACAAGAGCUGUUGUCGUGUGAACACGGUACGCGGAGAGCCGGGGCUCCGGUGCCGGCCGGUGGACGAAAAGUGCUACGCGGAGGGCGUGAGCCUGCUGAAAAAGACCGAGCUAGCCAACGUCCUGGAGCUGCCCCCCUCGGAAACCGAUGCCAAACACCGAAGCGACUGGAUUAACCACAUUCCGGAGGAUGUGCAAGAAAAAAACUGUGUAAGUGUAACCCUGUAAUCAAUGCACAACAUGUUCCAACAGACGUGGCGAGUUACGCAUACGCCUGUCAUGCCAGACAACCAUAAAGUCCUCUGCUCAUGUGUCGUGUUUUCCCUGCUUACAAGCCACGCAGGACCCACUCAUCAUGCAGAGCGAAUUUGUGAUGCUGUCAGCCGAACAAGAUGAAGAAAGUUACACUGAAACAGUUUUUUUCUUCGAUAGAGGACCUGGAUCGGCACUUCAUCUGCUUGAAGGAUAGAAAUGGCGAACUGCAAGGACUGGUGAUGGACCACGACGACCAUCGGCUCGCGACCCAGGUGCUGGACAUGCACAAGGAGAAGCUGUAUGGAAUUCUCAAGUAAUUACAUCCCCAGCUGUUUCUGUAUACAUGAGUAGUUUUGCAGAACAAUUACUGUCACGCUUGUUUCACGGAUCUAUUCAAGUGCUUUUUCGCAGCACAAGUUCUCGACGCGCUAAAUACAUAGCAUUCGAACCUACAAUGCCAAUUUUGCAAUACAAAACGCGCAAAGUCGCCUCACUGGCACUUUCACUAUAUAAAUGAGGUUGCUGCAGCGUCACAAAUUUGUGUAAGGGCUGAAACCGUAGUAGUAACGUUUGAGAACUACGCCAUAAGCUGCUGCAAGAGGCUGUGAAGAAGGAGCAAGAUGCUUUAGCGGACCGCAACGCCGUCGUGCCGGAUAGCGAGCUGUUUUUUGCGCAAUUUCUCCUCGCGGAUUAUCUGCUGCCCCUGUUGGAUCGCAACAAGCACCUAGCCAUAGACGACAACACCGUUCAGCUAGCCCUGGAACUGGCCACGCUGGUGGAAGAGGUGCUCUAUCCAGGAAAAAACACCCAUCCCCAUCCAAUUUGCGAUGCAGAACAUGCAUAAAGUCCUGUGUUUGUCAUGCAAAAAAUGGAUGGGGAUGGGUGUUUUUUCCUGGAUAUGCUCAAGAGUGACCUGUUCCGGCGCCGAAAGGAGGGGGACCCGGAAGACGAUCCCGACCAGGAGGAGGACUGGAGUGAUAUGCGCUGCAACAAAAGCAUCGCACUUGUACGAAUCUUCAUCACAGUCUGGCGUGACAGAUCUGUCUCCUAACUUAAACGUAAACUACCAUUACAGCUUGAGAAUUUUUCUUUUUCAACGUAAAACUUGAAAUACGAUCCUUUUGCAAUGCAUAGCUGAGCGGUUCCAAAAAUUUCUGGAAGACAACAAUAUCACACAGAAAAAAGCUGGCAGGUCAUAUCUGUAAUGCGAAAAUAAAUACACAGAAAAAUCUGUCAUGGGCGGCCUCAUAGCGUGCUGUUUAGGAUACGCAAUACAGAUUUUUUUGUGUAUUUGUUUUUGCAUUACAAAUGUGACCUGCCAGCUUUUUUCUGUGGGAUAAACAAGGCCAAGUACGUAGAGCUCGACGUGUUGAGUCCGCGGACAGACUUUCGGCGCACGUAUAGCGACGCGAACGCGGAUCCCAUUUCUGCCCAGACCGACGGCAUUGACGAUCCCCUGAUUAUGACGCCGUCCAUGCUCUUCCGGAAGCGUUUCCAGGAAAUUCCGCUGCCGGUCCUGAUUGCGCUGGUGCUUGAAUUUUUGGCGCAGUGCGAGAUGUUCGCGAACUUGCCGUGGCGCAGGGAGACCACCGGGGUGCAGCUGCUCAAAGUUUUGGAGGACGUGACCACCUUGGAAAAAAUACAGCACGAGGAACGCAGUCUCGUGGACCAGAUCAACAUGCUACGCAAGAACACAAAUAAUCUUGAUCAUCUCCCGCACAGAUACUAAAAAAUGCAUCACGACAAACUACUUCGCCACUUUAGAGUGUAUUAACGCUUGCCUUUCUGACUAGUAGGAUCGAAUGCAAGUUUUGUCAUGCAGAAUCAGAAACCGCGGCGCGUCUGUACCUGUAGGUCUAGGUGUGCGGACAAUGUUAUUUUAUUGUGGAUAUAUGUUCGAGGCAAGCGACCUUCCCGCGCUGGACAAGGAGCGAGGUAUGAGAACGCAUAACUCCGCUUGUCGUCCCCUCUUCGUCUUCAUUGGUCAUGCAAAAUCCCAAAUCCAAUUGCUGCCUUGUAGCACUAUUUGCAUGACAAACUCAGGACGCCCAAAACACUACUACAGUCGGCGCAUGAACUUGCGAUGCUCAGACUCCAUGAGUGCUGGUGUUUGUAUUGCUGUUCAUGCUACGCGAACACAAAUGAGGGGAACUUGUGCACUUCCAUACAAGACCUGGAACUGCGAGAAGACCAGUAUGGUGAGAUCCAGAACGAAGACCUCCCACUGCGCGUAUCCUGAGCAAAGCCGACGUCCCCACUCCCAGAGUUGUCAUGCAGAUUUAGAAUGACAGGAACAUUUGUGAUGCGCAUCCCCAUGAUAGGCAUUUUCAAUUUGGAAUUUGUGACGCUGGAAACACCAGCAUAGACGAAUGGAUUUGUAAUGCAGCUGUCCUUGCUAACGACCGGCACUACACUACAGACUGCAAGAACUUGACAGGCGUGGCGCUCCCAAAACUUCCGGAUUUGUGGUGCACCACACGUAGUUCCAACUUGACGUAUGGUUAUGGGUCGGUGGAGACGUUUUUCCCCGGGAUAGCACGUGAAGCGGUUGCAAACCGCCGUCCGCGCAGAUCUACACCGCAUGGAGGCGCGAGACGACGUGAAGUUUUAUCCUGUGCAGAAGUAUCGCACUCGUAUUAUAGUCAUGCAUUACAAAUCCUGUCCUUAAGGCAAAUUAGCAUUACAAAUCUUAUUUCUCAUGCUGAGGAAAUUUGUAAUGCAUUUAUACGAGUGCGAUACUUUUGCGAUUUAUAAAUUUCCGCCGAUGCUGAAACUCAUCACGGACAUGCUGUACAAGGCUUUCCGGAAGGAAUGGGACUACGAUCUGCAGUACCAACUGCAAAUAUGUUUGGGUCUGGAAACUUGUGAUGCUGAAAUGUACAUGACUGAAAUACUUCCCAAUGCAGCCAAGCAUGACAAGUUUUCCGGACACUUUCUUAAGCGCAGUCCGCAUGAGAAAUAUCACAAAAGGAGGCGUCGUUUCGUUAGUCAUGCAAUACAGAUUUUACAGGAAUGUAGGACUAGCAUUACAAGUUCAAUGUUUCCAGACCCAGACAUAUUUGCAAUGCAUAUCCAGCAGAAUGUGACCAUUUUCGAGCCGCGCAACCCGUGGCUGGUUUUUUACGAUCGGCUGAAAAAGCACUUUCAGGACCCCGUGGGGGAGAACGCGUGGCAGCGGUACUUUUCCCACCGGCACUAUGGAACUGUCAGGGUUGAAAUUAACAAAGUUGAAAUAAUUUGUGAUGCAUAAAAUCUAUAGCAGUUGGACCCACAGUUUCCAAUCGGCGCAUGACAAAUUUUCCUGGCCUCUGAAGCAAGUCUGUCAUGCUGUUCAGGGCAAGAUGGCUGCUCCCUGUCAUGCUAGUCAGCAGCCCAAUGCUUGAGCUUGACCCUUAGCAGCACUAGAAUUUGCCUCCCUUGCGCCUUCAGCAAUAGAGUCAGUCUUUGUGUCGCAUUUUAUGCAUGACAAAUCAUUUCAGGUUGUGUAGUGGUUUCGGUCGGUUUAGCAUGACAAAUCAUUUCAACUUUGUCGAUUUCAACUCUGACACAUCCAUAGGCACCCGAUCGGAAACCGGCAGUCCGCGGACCUGGCACUGGAGAUGCUCGCUAAGGGCCGCGCAGUUUUGGAGGAGAAAAAGGACGACGUUGCGGAACAACAAGUAUGGAUUGCAGCAAAUAUGUCUGGCGGGUCUGGAAGAGUCAUGCUGCUUUUGCAUGACACAGAAGGCCUGUCAUGGAAGCUCUAGCAUCACAAGUUCCGAGAAGCUUCCGCAAUGCCGAAUCCGCAUCACAAAUGCCCCACUCUGGUGACAGAAAGUGGGCAGCUUUUGCUGCCUGUGCAUGAGAGAUUUUCAUGGAUUGCAAAAUGCGCAUCGCAAGUGUGAAUUCUUGCUCCAGAGGACCCAGACAUAUUUGCAAUGCAUAACAAGCGGAGGGCAGCAAUUCCAACCCGGACGAGAACCAGCAGCACGAAUUUGCGGACGCGGAAACGGGUAAAGAGAAGAGCAAAGUUCCGGCCGAGGUGAUCGCCCUCGGCAUGUUGUUUGCGGUCCAGGUGUAUCAAAUGCAAAAAUGUCUGGGUCUGGAAGAAUUGGAACUUGUCAUGCGAUUUCUGGAAUAGGCAAAAAUUUGUAUUGCAUAAGCACCAAAAGCUUCCCAUUUCUUGCUACGCAAAUAGGGAAUUUCUCAUGCGGGAUAGACAUCAGGAGGCCUGCGCAAAACCUGUAAUGCUUUUCGGUGCAUUAGAGACCAGUUGCGUGAUCCAGAAGAUGCAUGACAAACUCCUGGAAUCUUCCAGACCCAGACACUUUUGCAUUUGAUAAGGUGCUGCAGUUCCGCGGCCUCCCGUGGAGCCGGGCGACGCUGGCGGCGUUCAAGAAGGUGAAACGGGACGAGCGGAGACUGGAGAGGCAGGUCUCCCACCGGGCGGCGGCGGAUGACGUUCUGAAGACGGAAACCGCGUUGCGGGUGGACUCCGAGGUGUUAUCCAGGAAAAAACACCCGUCCCCAUCCAAUUUGUCAUGCAAAACAUGCAUAAAUUCCUUUGUUUGUCAUGCAAAAAAUGGAUGGGGGUGGGUGUUUUUUCCUGGAUAGGUGUUUACCCUGUUCUACAUGCGCGACCUGACCAAGAUCAAAGCCGGGGACCUGUACCAGGACAAGCCGCUGCCGCCCUACGUGUUCCAGAACGUUGGGUCAGAAGAGUUUGACGCGUUUGCGAAGGAUUUAACCGAGACGCUCUACAAUAAGGACGAGGGCUGGGUGCAGCGGGUCCCGUCCCCCUUACUCGCGAGUUGCUGCUGCGACGCGGAAGACCUGAUAGAGCCCUGCAAACCAGGCAAGUGUAGAAGUGCUACUUCAUCUACUAGUAGUGCCAGCAGGACGAUGAACAGCAGUGUCGUGCACGACCAGGAGGACAAAAAUGAAACGGGGCAAACAACGACGAGCGCCUCGAUGAAAAACGCGACAGACAGCAUCUGCAUGGCUCGGAAGAGUGCGAACACAGGAAAAAUCGCACACUACCGACACUUAUCAACUGUAAAAGUGUCUGGGUCUGGAAGAGUGCGCGAUUUGUCAUGCUGCUUUUCCAGGACCCGUGAGGUCUGGAAUGCAGGACCUAGCAUGACAGAUUCUGCGAGACCUUUCUAAUGCCUACCCUGCAUGAGAAACUACCUCCCGACUUGGUCAAAACUGGACGAGUUUUGGUAAUCAUGCAGCACAGAUUUUUGCAUGCUGCAGAUUUAGCAUGACAAGUUGCAAUCCUCCAGACCCAGACAUUUUUACACUUGAUAACACUACGCGGACCUGCAGAACCUGGUGUCCUGUUCCGGCUGUUACGACGACGUGGAGGUUCUGAAAAUUACCAAGAAGCGAACGCCCAUCACCCUGGUCGACGUGGCGCCGAAAGGCAACGACACCCUGUCGCGACAGGCGCAGAAGCACCUGAAAGACAUAGACCCCGAGAAAGAGCACGACGGCGACGACAUCAUGGCGCAACAAGUGAAGCUCUGCCGGCUCACGGAGCCUUCUUCGCUUGGUGCGUUUGAGCGGGACGCGGUUUGCGAGCCCAUGCACCGGUACGCUUACGCCGACGUGGCCAAGAAUCUGUUUCUGUUAUCAAAUGUAAAAAUGUCUGGGUCUGGAAGAUUUCCGGGUUUGUCAUGCACUUUUCGCAUGACUCCUCAAGUCUGUGAUGCAUGCCCUAGCAUCACAGAUUUUUAGAGGGCUUCCUGAUGCCUAUUCUGCAUGACAAAUGCCCUUCCCGUGCUGCAAAAUUUGGACUCUCUUUGCUGCUCAUGCAAUACAGAUUUUUUUAGAAUCCAAAAUCAGCAUGACAAGUUUCAUUCUUCCAGACCCAGACACUUUUGCAUUUGAUAUCUGUUUCCCAGCUACAAAACCGUGUACCGGAAACUGAAUCUAUAUGGAAGUGUCAGGAUUGAAAUCGUCAAAGUUGAAAUGAUUUCUCAUGCAUAAAAUGCAAGGCGCGAAGUGACUUGUCUUGCAGGAAUGGCAAGUGAGGCCGACUGUCAGCCUGUUUGGGGUCUGCGAUUGAGCUGCUAAAGUAGCAUGACAAAAGACGCCCUCUGUCCCUAAGCAGCAUGACAAACUGGAUUUAGACGGUGCCGAAAUUUGUCAUGCGCCGCUUGGAAAUUGGGCUUCCAACUGGUAUCGGUUUCAUGCAUGACAAACUAUUUCAACUUUGUCGAUUUCAAUCCUGACACUCCCAUAAUCUAGACCAACUGGAGCCCGACGAUCGGAAAACGGUCGACCGAGCCAUCAGCUACGUGCAGUACUGUUGCUGCCCCACGCACCAGGCGGCCGGGUUAUCCAGGAAAAAAAUUGAUAGGUGUAUGUAAGAACUUUUUUGAUGGAGGAACAGCAUUACGUCUGGCAUGAGAGCGAAAACCUGUCAGAGCGAAAACCUGUCAUGGAAGUGGGCUGCGCCGUUUCCGUCCCCGUUGCUGGUGCUGGUGCUCCGGGGUGGUUGGCUAUGUCCUAUAGUUGUAUUGGUGGCGUUUUGUGUGAGGAGUAUAGUGGGGAGUGCCAGGUCCAUAGGGCCCGGGGGGGCGGCGUCUUCGGGUUGAUCAAUUCACCUGAUACACAAUGUCCCGCCCGCAGUAGCACAGUCUGUUUAUGUCAUGCGCAGACUGUAAACUACGCAAAAACGCGCUUGAGAAGUGGACAUUGCAGUGCAUGCCCAGCAUGUUGACAGCCGCAAUCAUUUUGCAGGAGGCGCAUCACAAAGUUACACUAACAACGUUUUUUUCUUCGAUACGGGUACUACGAGUUUCACUACGGCUGCUCCAAACUCUCAGAGGAGGGCUUAUCAAAUGUAAAAAUGUCUGGGUCUGGAAGAAUGCAAGACUUGUCAUGCAUAUUUCUCAUGACCCGUGGUGUCUGUAAUGCAUGACCUAGCAUUGCAGACCUUUAAACGGCUUCCUGAUGCACCUCCCGCAUGAGAAAUGCCCUGUCCGUGUAGCACAAACUGUACUCCUCUUGCUGGUCACGCAAUACAAAUUUUUUUAGAGUCCAAAAACAGCAUGAUAAGUUGCAAUCUUCCAGACCCAGACACUUUUGCAGUUGAUAGGGCUGUCUGCAGUACGAUCGCGUACUCUUCGAUACUAUCCUGUGCAAAAGUAUCGUAUUCGUAUAAAUGCAAGUCUUGCAUUACAAAUCUGUCUUUUAAGGUAAAUCCGCAUUACAAAUUUUAUCUCUCAUGCUGAGGAAGUUUGUGAUGCAUUUAUACGAGUACGAUACUUUUGCAGUUCAUAGAUACCCCCGGCGCACAAAACCGGUCGGAUCAACACCCGACGGUAUGAGGGACCACAACGCGUCGACUCCCGCCCCUGAUGCCCGCCGUUGUUUGUAUUGCAAAAUUGCAAUACUGCCCGCGUUGACAACUUGGUUCUUCGGCAAGCUAUGCAUAAUCUUGCAGACAGCACUACAGUUGUCCACCGCGCCUGCUACGCUAAAGUUAUUGUCAUGCAGAAGCUAAUAUGUCUGUGCUGGUUUUCUGUUGCUGUUCAUGCCAACAUACAAAUGUUGAGCGGGACGACGAGGUGGGGGAGCACGAGGACGAGCAGUUGUGCAUUCGCAUAGACGGUAAACACCUGCCUGAAGCACAUGGGUGAGGACAGAUACGAGCGCAGCGGCAGUCUCACGCCUGCCGAGCUGCGGGCACUGCUGAAAAUCACGAGACCCGCAAAGGACGGGAGCCGUGCUGGAGUACUAGAUUCCGCGGACGCUUCGGCUUUCUUGGAGACCGACAACAGUGAUAGAAUAAGUAGUGCUUCUUAUUGUGAGGAAAAAUCCCCCCUCCCCAUAUCGAAACGAAGUUUCUGAUGCUGGAUUUCCAUACACAAAUCAGAUUUGUCUUGCAGUAGAGGAAUGCAGGCAUAUGUCAAGCCUCAGUCGAGAGGUUUUGACGUAGGCGCCUAGCAUGGCAAACGUGUAUGCUCUAAGCCAAACAGCAUCACAAACCGCCUGCAAAAUGCGGAACGCUUUCUGGACUUGCCUUCUUGCAAGACAGACAGGAUUUGAGGUCGCAAAUGCGCAUCACAAAUUUUCAGACGGGUACGCUUUCGAUAUGGGGAGGGGGAUUUUUCCUUACGAUACUUCUUUAUUUGCUGAGGAAGCGGCAGCGUUUGACGCUAUCAAUAACGCCGAAAGGAGCGGGGGCCACCAAGAAAUGAAAAUAAAAACCACGGACGAUGCGAUUGUGUAACACGCCCGGCAGAUGAGUGUGCUGGACUCGUCGUGGCAAAUUUAAAAAUUAUAUGGUUUGAAUUUUGGCUUAGGAUCGGCAUGAACAUGAAGGAGAUGAAUUUCAUUACUUUUACUGUAAGUACAGAAUAGAAAAAGUUAAACCCCUCUUCCUCUUCAACAUGAGGGAUUUGAAUCACGACACAGUCCCAGAUGAAUACACGGACGGUAGCAGGAAGUAAUGAUCAUAAGUACGUGCACAAAAUUGUGCAAUGCACUGAAGCCCAAAAAUAACGGAAUCCGAUAUUUAAACUCGCAAAAAAGUGACUUGCAGCCCGUGCCCUCGCACAGGAGAAAUCAAAUUUCAAACAAUAGUCCGAUUGAAGAUGUCGUGCUCUGGUGGUCUAGUGCUACGGAGGAGUCGGAUCUCGGCUCGGUCAGCACCGCCGGUGGCUAAGAUUUCUGUCUGACACACGGAGCAGUGGAUCGAAGUAAUCUCAUACCAAAAAAGAGCCAGU